AUGAUACUUGGCCUCAAAGACGGCAUAGGAGGCAUCCUGGUUUAUGUACUAAUGGCUUUCCCGCAAAGUUUAUUGACCGGCCUUGUUCAUAAGAAUUGCAAAGUGGCACUCAUCCUCCAUAUUGUAAUGAUUGUUAUUAUGGUUGUCUUCAUAUUCAGCUAUAUUUUCCUAAUGCUUAGUGCGGGGAGACGAGAGAUGCAUCUUUGUGUCACACUGAUAAAGCAAAUGGAGGCAACACAGAGAGAGAGUAUGAAUAAAAGUCUUGCAUUUGCUACUGCAAGCCAUUAUGUUCGUGCUGCUCUGGCCGGAAUUACCAGUUUGAUCGAGAUAUCUUACGAUGAAGUUGCCCCAAGUUCUGAAUUAGAAACAAAUUUAAGACAAAUGGAUUCUUGUAUGAAGGACCUGUUAGGCAUAUUGAACUCUAUUCUUGAUACAAGUCAAAUUGAAGCGGCCAAAAUGCGACUGGAAGAAGAGGAAUUUGAGGUGGCCCAGCUUCUUGAAGAUGUGGUCGAUUUGUAUCAUCCUGUGGGUUUAAGGAAAGGCAUAGAUGUGGCGUUGGGUCCUUAUGAUGGCUCCGUUAUAAAGUUUUCGAGAGUGAAAGGUGACAUGGGAAGACUUAAGCAAAUAUUAUGCAACUUAAUAAGCAAUGCUGUCAAAUUUACUCCGGAAGGACGUGCAGCAGUCCAUGCUUGGGUGGAAAACCCCAGUUUUAAGAACUCCAUAGUUGCUUCUGACAGGAACAUUGGUGUUAUGAGACAAUUGUUGUGCUUUUUUAACAAGAACAUCAAAGCAAAAGCUGACAGGGAAACAAUGAAUGUGGGAAGGGAAUUCCUAAGGAAAAGCAAAUAUCAGUAUUUGAAAACUAUGUCCAGGUCAAAGAAACAGCUCUUGGAGAAGGAGGUACGUUUGAUGCAUGGAGAAAUACGAAUUGUGGACAAGGAGAUUGGGGAACGAGGGACAUGCAUCAGGUCAAAUCUACAUUUGGGGAUAGCAGCCACUCACACUCCUAGUACUUCUGGGCUAAGCAUUCACGCACCAAGCCCCAGAUUGAACAUUCGAAUCCCAAGUCCAAGAAUUGAGGGAUCAGUUGUCGUACUGUUGAUUAAGAAUAAGGAGCGCAGGAGAAUUUCACAAAAAUUCUUGGAGAACCUUGAGAUAAAAGUAUUGGUGGCAGAACAUUGA